CCUUUACUCUAACUGUCCUCACAACAGUCAGUUAACGUGUAAUUUCCACAGUCGAGUAGUUCCAUUAGCCUUAAAAUGCCUGGACUUAACAAAAUUUUGGCUCUUGUUUUUGCCUUAAAUUCUUACUUUAUUUUAUCCGCAGAGGCUCAGACGUCGAAUCCUUCUCCAGAUUCGGUUCCUUGUGCUUUGAGAUCCAACACCAGUUGUGAUGAAUGCCUGCAGAAUGUGACAUGUUUGUGGUGCAUACCAACAAAACAAUGCGUCGACUACCCUGUGAGGAACAUCUUGCCCUCCAAAAGUGUGUGUCCUUUGAGUGAUGCACGAUGGGGGCUGUGUUGGGUCAACUUUCAGAUUUUGAUCAUCACCAUGUCGGUGCUUGCUGGUGUCAUCAUCAUCGCCAUAUUUGUUUGCUGCUUCUGCUGCUGCAAAUGUGAAAGAAUUGGGAACAAGAGGGAAGAUGCAAAAGUGGAGCGACAAACCCGUGCAAGAAAGGCCCGACAGAAAGCAAGGAGAACAGAAAUGCAGUUGAGGCAUGAUGAAAUCAGGCAGAAAUAUGGUCUGGCAAAGGAUAAUCCAUACGCCCGUAUGGAUGAUCAUUGAGGAGAGUCCUGGAGAUAAUUCCCUGAAAUCCCUUUAGAUCUUAUUGAUGCCAGUAUCACUAACAUGAUCUUAUCUCUGUUUGGAUAGGUUAUACUUUAGUAAUACAUCAUAAACUGUGAUUAUUUAAUUUGAUUUCAGUGACAGUAUUUGCCGAAAACUGUGACCAAAACCUUUAUAAAUCAUGUUGACUUUGUGUGCAUUGUAUUUAAAUUUGGUCUCCUGAAUCUCAUGUAUUUAAUUUUGUACAGAUUGUUUUCCACUUUUAACCUCCCAGUUCUUAUGUCAAAAAGUACAGUUCAUCCAUCUGUCUAGUCUUCCAUUGGUUUAUUUUGCAAAGGAUGAAUUUCUGUAAAGACUCCUUUUCUAAAGAACACAUUUGUGCAUGUGCUCCUGCUUUUAUAACUACAAGUUUUGUUUUCAAUCACAUUGAAAUUGUAAUGCACAGUUUUAGUGAUUGUCAUUAAUGCUUACAACACAAGCAUUUAUUUUUGUAUAAAAAAAAUAAGGAGUAUGUAAUGUUUCACAUGAUUAAUAAAUGUUAACUUGAGAUUUG